AUGACAAUGACGUACCGUGUGUUCUUUAGUUUUUUAAUAUUAGGCUUCCUAAGUGUAUGCGGACAGCAAUUUAACUCACCAUGUCCAGAUUAUUUUGGUUAUAGACAAGAUUCGGGGGGCGUAUAUGGAUUAAUUACAAUAAAAUCAUUUGGAAUUGUAUCUUCUUUACUUGUUCGAGCUAAUUUUACGAUAGCAGGAAGACUGCCAUCCACGUAUGCGGGUAGCCUCCAACCUAUCGGAUCAGAGCUAUACCUUCUGCGUGACUUCAAUAGGGGAAAGGCUUUGGAAUACAGGGUUACUUUCCCAGUUGUGUCUCCUUUACCCCGACUGACUUCUAUAUCAGUCAACGAUAAAUUAGUCUGUUAUGGACCUGGGGACUCUAUCGGCGAAGUUCAAUACAUCACUACGAUAAGCUUGCAGCACAUGCUUUUCUACAAGACCGGCACUGAUGGGAUUUAUGGACAAGAUCAUAAAUUAGCUGAACAGUUGCCUGCAACACUGCCUCAUACUAAUGGUGGGGACGGUAUAUUAUUUUAUUAUUAUAACAACUUUAAUGGCGAUCCUUGGAAUCAUUAUGUGAAUCCAUUUACGAUUGACAAUUCAAAGCCGGUUUAUGUACCUCCAAAACCGCAAACACCACCCCCAGUGCCCGAAUAUGUUGUCCCAGUGAGUACUACGACACGCCGACCACCACGUCCUGAACCCGAUCCUCUGUCAAUUAAACCGGAACCACAGAGUACAAAAUGUGGUAUCAACAGCAAGAACGAUAACCCAGACGCUAUACCUGCUGCUCCACUUAUAUACAAUGGAGUUACCUAUGACCCUGGUGAAUGGCCCUGGCUGGUUGCGAUGUACCAGCGAAGGUUUGGCAACUUGAACUACAUCUGUGCUGGUACAUUGGUUACAGCGAAUCAUAUUGUUAGUGCCGCUCACUGCAUUCAUCGCAAAAGUACAUACACUCGCAAGAAGAAUAUAGUUAUAAGAGCUGGAAUAUACGGCUUGGAAGAUUGGAACGAUGACAUAGUUACAAGAUCACUUAAGGAGGUUUACAUCCAUGAAGACUACAACUCCACGACGCUUGAGAAUGACAUCCUUAUUAUGACUCUUGAGAGUCCGGUGCCUUUUAACAAAAUGAUACAGCCAGCCUGUCUAUGGAGCGGGCCGAUUGUUUUGAACGAAAUUGUCGGAAAAUCUGGAAUCGUGGCUGGUUGGGGAGCAAACGAACAGGGUUCAGGUGGCAAAGGCAUUCCCAGAAUGGUGACCAUGCCUGUUGUCAGUACAGAGGACUGUAAAGCUAGCAAGCCAGAUUUUCACAGGCUGACGUCUUCCAGGACUUUGUGUGCAGGUGACAGAACUGGAGCUGGCCCAUGUCUUGGCGACUCCGGUGGCGGUCUAUAUUUGCUUCAUCGCGGUCGCUGGCGUCUUCGCGGUAUUGUUUCCCUCUCACUUCUAUCAGAUGACGAGAGUCAAUGUGAUCUCAAACAGUACAUUGUGUUCACCGACGCAGCACAGUACAUGCCUUGGAUCACAGAUGUGUUGUCCAUCACUUGA